UCAGCUGCUGCCUGCAGCCUCCACGGGCUCUGGUCCUUUGUGCGGAGGCCAUGCUCCAUGGGGAUGCCGGGAGGAGAGACAGUGUCGGAGCCCCAGGCCGCGCACAGCCCCCUGGAGAAGCCGUCCAGCACCGCGAUCCUGUGUAACACCUGUGGAAAUGUGUGCAAGGGGGAGGUGCUGAGGGUGCAGAACAAGUAUUUCCACAUCAAGUGCUUCGUCUGCAAAGCAUGUGGCUGUGACCUGGCCGAGGGUGGCUUCUUCGUGCGGCAGGGCGAGUACAUCUGCACACUGGACUACCAGCGGCUGUACGGGACCCGCUGCUUCAGCUGCGACCAGUUCAUCGAGGGCGAGGUGGUGUCGGCGCUGGGCAAGACCUACCACCCCGACUGCUUCGUGUGCGCCGUGUGCCGGUUGCCCUUCCCGCCGGGGGACCGAGUGACCUUCAACGGGAAGGAAUGCAUGUGUCAGAAGUGCUCCCUGCCCAAGACAGCGGGCAGCAGCGUGCACCUGUCCCAGGGCCUCUGGAGUUGUGGGGGCUGCGGCACGGAAAUAAAAAACGGCCAGUCCCUGGUGGCUUUGGACAAACACUGGCAUUUGGGCUGUUUUAAGUGUGAGACGUGCGGGAAGCAGCUGGACGCGGAGUACAUCAGCAAGGAUGGGCUGCCCUACUGCGAGGCCGACUACCACACCAAGUUCGGCAUCCGCUGUGACGGCUGUGAGAAGUACAUCACGGGGCACGUGCUGGAGGCAGGAGAAAAACACUACCACCCGCUGUGUGCGCUAUGCGUCCGCUGCGGCCGGAUGUUUGCGGAAGGCGAGGAGAUGUAUCUUCAAGGUUCCUCCAUCUGGCACCCGGCGUGCCGACAAGCCGCCAGGACUGAAGACAGAAACAAGGAAACCAGAAGCUCCUCUGAGAGCAUCAUUUCUGCACCUGCUUCCAGCACCUCGGGGUCUCCAAGCCGCGUGAUCUAUGCGAAGCUGGGCGAUGAGAUUCUCGACUACAGGGAUUUGGCUGCUCUUCCUAAAAGCAAGGCCAUCUACAACAUCGACCGCCCCGACAUGAUCUCCUACUCGCCGUACAUCAGCCACUCGGCGGCGGGCAGGCCGAGCUGUCACGAGUCCCCGCAGGUACUCUCGCCAACGCCGACGGAGGGGGACCAGGAUGACCGCUCGUACAAGCAGUGCCGGACCUCCAGCCCGAGCUCCACCGGGUCGGUCAGCCUCGGGCGCUACACCCCGACCUCACGGUCGCCCCAGCACCACAGCCGCCCAGCUGGUACUGUGAGUGUUGGUACCAGUAGCUGCCUGUCCCUGUCCCAACACCCAAGCCCUACCUCCGUGUUCAGACAUCAUUACAUCCCCUACUUUCGAGGCAGUGAAAGUGGCCGGAGCACCCCCAGCCUCUCGGUGCUCUCAGACAGCAAGCCUCCCCCCUGCACCUACCAGCAGGCGCCUCGCCACUUCCACGUCCCAGACACUGGCGUAAAAGAUAACAUCUAUAGGAAACCCCCUAUCUACAAACAGCAUGGUCCUGUAGCCCAAUCCCCAAUUUCCAAGCUCUCGGGCCUGAUGUCAGUCUUGUCCUUGGUGGUGCACAAGGCAGGGUGCUCCAAAAGGCUCGAAGGUCCAAGCCCUCCGCAGGCUGCAGCCGUCAGGCGACUGGAUGGAGAGGACGGAAUUUUCGAGCAGGAUAACAGGAAGAAGACCAGCUGGCUGAUUCUCAAGGGGGAUGCAGACACUAGAACAAGCUCCCCGGACCUAGAUAGCCGGUCUUUGUCCCACAGUAGCGGGACCGAGAGAGACCCUCUCCAAACAACGCAAGGGGACAACUUUUACUCACGAUUCCCCUAUUCCAAAUCUGACCCUCUCCCAGGACACGGAAAGAAUGGCUUGGACCACCGGAAUGCCAAUCUGGCCCCUUGUGGAGCAGACCCGGAUGCCAGCUGGGGCACUCGAGAAUACAAGAUCUAUCCUUAUGACGCCCUCAUUGUCACCAACCGAAUUCGCGUCAAACUGCCCAAGGAUGUGGACAGGACACGGCUGGAGAGGCACCUGUCGCCCGAGGACUUCCAGGAAGUGUUUGGGAUGAGCGUGGAAGAGUUUGACCGCCUGGCCCUCUGGAAGAGGAAUGACCUCAAGAAGAAAGCCCUAUUGUUUUGACGGCCACCCGUGUGUGUGACCACACGCGUGCCAGCGGCAGAGCACGAGACGCCCGGCAAGAACCACGAAAACCCCUCCUAUUGCACCUGGCUCUGGCUUCUCUGUGUCCACGGGGGCGGGCGGUGGGCCCCUGGAGAGGGGUGGGCUGGAGGCUGGGGCAGGAGGCAGUCCCAGAGUUCUGUUUCUGCCUGCAACACUCCUGCCCCUGGUUCAGAGCCCAGAGCCUUGCUUUGCACUGCUCCUUCCCCGCUGUUGCUUGGCAUCAGGGAGAUUCUUCGAUGUAGCUGUCCCAGGAGAUCAAGGAACAUUUCCACGACAUGCAGCCCACCUUCCCGACCCCUGUGCAGUGCCCGGCUCCCCGCACUUGGCCCUGGAGGUGCAGAGGGGCCUUGACUUGGGAGUUGGGGAGGUUGGUCAAUGACAGUCGCUGACACGAUCGUGGGGGGAUGGGCACCUGGCUCCCAUUGGCUGCUCACCCCCACCCCCUUGCUCGGCCCUGGGCAGGCACGGUCUUGUGCACAGAGAGGCCAGGCCAGGGCAAGUGCUGAACAGCACCCCGAGCUGCACGAAGGCAAAUGCGGGUGCAUGAUUCUUGCAGCGCUUGUGAUGAGUCUGUGUUUAGGGACAAACGUCCGCCUGACAGGGUACCUUCAGCCAGGGUCCUCCAUACACUGCAUUUUUCUUCCAAAUCAUCCCCUAGAUGCCUAAAUGAUAUCUUUAAAGUAACACAGAAGUUUUUAUUUUAUUAAAGAGCAUAGUCUACUUAAACAGAAGACGACAUAUAUAGAAUUCCAUUUUAUGGUCCCACGGAAGGGGAGCGCCUCCAGCCUUAUUCUCCACUGUUCGGAUCUGUGUGUUUUUGCUCCUUGGUGUGCUCGUAACACUAAGGGCUCCUUGUCAUCUUUUUUUCCAUUUUUUUUUCCUUUUUCACCUGUCACACGGGUGCCCUUAAGGGCAGCCCUCGCCCACGUAACGCCCACAUAACGCCCAUGUAAUGCUCUUCGUAAGUAUGUGUGACAUGUAGCCACCACUGUCUGCCUCACUGUUACUCUCCACAUCUUGGAGGGAGAACAUCCCCUUCUGCUGGCCAGAAUAAAGGAUUUCCAUGCACCCAGCCUAAUACCCACCAUAGCCCUUGGUGAGUCCGUCUUUCCCACGGUGAAACAUAGCCCCUCCGGGUGAAGCCUCGUGCAUGUGUCUGUGGUCCUGAGACAGGCACCUGGCCGCUCCUCUGGCCUGCAAGGUCAGCACAGGGUCCCGCAGCAGAAGGCUGGGCCCCCACUGAAAAGUGUUCCUGUCUGUUGUUAGGUAUAGGUAGGGCUGGUGCCUGUCACCGGAUGCUUGUAACGUGGGUUGAGAGGUUUACAAAACACUGGGAAGGUGUCACUGAAGUCUGGUUCCCUGUCUUCUAUGGAGCUGUGUCUUUCUGUGUGUCCUGGCCGUCCCGUCUGUGAGUUGGUGUGACUCAGAUGCUUCCGGCCCCGCCACGCACCCCAUCACGCACUGGCUUCCCACCAGCCCGGCUUGGGCAGGGAGGCGCGUUUCCAGCACCUACUGCGCUUCCUUCCCCUUCGCAGUCUGAGCCCCGAGUAACUGGAAACCCCCGUUUUCUCAUCAGUGCAAUGUCCUGUCAGCUCCCAGGGGAACCUGGAAAAAUAAAGGAUGGUGUAUCCUAA